AACAAGGAGGCUCACCAAUCGUCCAAGCCACCACAGAAUCCACCCUCCACUACCUUUCUCGUUUCGUCCAACGUUCCCUUCCCACCUUUCAAGUCAAGACCAAUUAAAAGGCGGCUGACCCUGGGCCCAGGACAAGGGUCUGUGCAAGUUGUCAACCCCCAUGUUCAUGUUCGAAAUGCAGCGGAAGAAACACCCAUCCUAGCCCAUCCCCUCCUUUUCUUGCGCCCGCCACAACUGUUGCAGCAAUUACGGCGCAAGUUUUCUGCAAACUCGAACACAUUCGGUUGCAAUUUUGUGCCCAGCUGUUUGCGCGCGGGGUGCAUUGCAUGGCUCAUACCUAGGCAUUGGAGUCAGGUUUGGUCUGUACAACUAAGCCCCCAAGCAGGUCCAAAAACAGCCGUUGCGGCAUUGUCCUGCGUGUGCGCCACUUGCAUCCAUCACUUGUUCUCAUCGUUGCCGGCAGUCAAUUGCUGCGCCUCGCGCCUUGCCGUCAAGCGAAUGGCCUUGUUUCUCUUCCUCGCUCACUCUAUCUCUAAUCAUGACCCUGCCCUACCUUGUCCUGCAUCGUUAUCGUCAGGCUAUCAUCUCAUCCCGGCCUUCACCAUUUCUCCUAGAAAGGCCCCAUCAAGCUCCGCUUCUGCCCUUUUUAUCCUUUUGCCGGUACCCUUGUCUUGGUCCACUCAUCCCCGCUGCCUACGUUGUAGUCCCUGUCCCGACCCGAUCCCCAGCUGGAUACAUACCCAACUGGGGUGCUAG